AUGAAUGAUAGUACAGUAGAGCCGACUCCCGAUGACACUUUAUUUGGUGGAUCCUUUACUUGCGGACUCAUAGCAGCACGACUACGGCACGUGGUGAAACAGCGUCUUGAUAUUGCGCGGAGCUUGCUAGCAUUAAUUCAGCUCUACUCUGAAGACAGGCGUUACGACUAUCCGAUGUUUGAGUUUUCUGAUCUCAAAAGGAAACUCAGCAAUAUCAUCAAUAAUUAUAGAUUGUUUGACGAUCAGCUGUCUCUGAAAUUGGCAAAGGAUAAUGUGCAGGUGUCUCUAUGUAGUUGGUUCUUCAAAGGAGAGGGCGUGGAUUGGCUGAGUAAGGCUAUGACCAAUUUUAAUCUCGCCGCUAAAGGAGUAACCGAUCAGAACAAGGCGCUUCUGACUGCUUUGUCACCUGUUGGCAAAACCCAAGAGAUCAACCUCGGAGAUUACUACGUAAUGGCUUUUAAGAGUCGCCGAUGUGGACUUUCGUACGGGAGUAAAUGUGCUCCAAGCGUGAAUCCGUUGCCAAGUACAAGCAUUGGUAAACACUUUUCCUGCAACAUAUGUAUUGAAGGGUUUUGGAAAAAAUCGUGGAGUCACACUCGACGAAGAGGUUUCUGUAGUGCAGCUCCAGAGAAAGGAACACAUGUCGUUUUCCUGCACUUUGGAUUUCCUCGCUCCCAGUUCUAUGCAACUUGUCAUUUGCGACAUGCGGCAAGCUUAUACUAUCAGACACCGAGAGCCCUUGAAAGGCUCAUUCCCAUUCCUGUCUUAUUGAACGAGAAAGUCAAGGACUGCAUUUCGAAGUAUGGAAGUCAAGAAACUGUAGAGGACUCCCUCAUUCGCCUUACUGAACGUGUACAAAAGAGUCUAAAUACUCUCAUGCCGGAAUUCGAAUCUAUCACAUGUUCAAACGCUUUCUUCUUCGAUGAGCCUUCUAUAGAACGCCAUCUAACCGGCAUUGGGAAGGGUGGCUGCUCUCGUCUCGUUUUAUUGCCGUUCUAUCCUCAUUACUCAUGUGCCCAAUCUGGUAUUUUGCUCAACGAAGCCGAGCGCGUUCUUCAAACAUUUACUGUUCCUGCAACGGUGGACGGUAAGGAAGUCGCAAACGAACGAAUUGUGCCCAACACGAGCGAGUCAUUCCGAGUGUCGGCUUUGCAUCGAUGGAGCAGUCACCCAGUUGUGAGCGAAUAUUGGCUCGACGUACUCAAAUCGAAACGUGCGGACUUUGGAGGUAUACUAUUCUGUGCCCCAUCUCUGAGAGGUUACAAUAGCAAAGAACAUCGACACCUGGUGUGGUCAUCUUGUGAAAGAGUGAUGUCCGGACUGAGCGAUUCCUUGCCUUGGCGGCUCGCAUUUUACAAUGCUUGGGAUCAGUGGGGUCUUCCUAUUAGAGAUUCCGUCAAAAUGCAGGUGAAGCGUCUUUCCAAACAACUGCCCCAUGACAAAUCCUUCGCUGUGGUGCCAAUUUCAUCGUUCGUUCCGGAUUUCAACACAUUUUCGGUCCUGCCCAAUCUUCUAGAGGAGGAGGACCGAGCAGUGUUGAUAGAGCCGCAGCCUGAGAACCCAGUGUUGAUCCAAGGAAUGGUCGAACUGGUCAAAAACCACUUGCUGGGACGGAGAAAUGCACAGCUGCAAAAUCGAUUAGCAGUUGAAUUUUCCUAUCUGUGUAGUGGUCGACAAUACUUGGUCCGGUGUAAGAUGGCGGGCGGAGGAGGGGAAGAGCAUGCCGCGCAUUCGUCCGCUCAGGAUGAUCAUCAUGAUUCUGAUGAUGAUGAUGAUGGCGCAGACGAGAUUUUGGAAGAAUCCCCAUGUAAACGAUGGUCGAAAAGGCGGGAACAAGUCAAACAAAGGGAUGUUCCCGGUAUUGACUCUGCCUACUUGGCGAUGGAUAAUGAUACUGGUAACGAGGUUGUAUGGAACGAAGUAGAAUUCUCUGAACGGAAGAAUUUUCGUUCUCAAGAGGAGAAGAUCAACGCGGUGUUCGACAACCUCACUCAAUUAGUCCAUACGAAUCUUGUGAAAUUUCAUAAAUACUGGACCGAUGCCAAGUCGGAGAAACCUAGAAUUAUUUUUAUCACUGAGUUUAUGUCGUCGGGAUCGGUGGCCUCGUUCUUGCAGCGAAAAAGGAAGUCCGAUUCUCCUUUUACUAUCAAGCAAUGGAAAAAAUGGACUACACAAAUCUUGUCAGCGCUCAAUUAUUUACAUUCUUGCACUCCACCGAUUACACAUGGAAACUUAACUUGCAAUACUAUCUUUAUACAGCAGAAUGGGCUCAUCAAAAUUGGUUGUGUGGCGCCCGAUGCCAUCAGCCAUCAUGUGAAAACGUGCCGUGAUAAUCUGAAGCAAUUGCAUUACAUAGCACCAGAGUACGAAUAUCUCACCGAAGUCACCCCUGCUGCAGACAUCUACUCAUUCGGUGUUUGUGCCUUAGAGAUAGCAGCACCGGGCGGCUUGGCCAGCUAUCAAAAUGGAACUGGAGAAGGUGGAACGAAAGAAGGGCCCAUAAAUCCGGAAUGCCUGGACAAAGCAUUAGAAGCACUGGAAGACGAAGGCCAGCGGGACUUCAUACGGUUAUGUCUUCAAAAAGAUCCAACGAAGAGACCAACAGCGCGAGAACUGCUAUUUCAUCCGGUGUUGUUUGAGGUUCAUUCGUUGAAGUUACUGGCAGCUCACAAGAUAGUUGACUGCAAAUUAUUUGAUGAUCUGCCAAAUGAUGCUUUCCGAGUGCCUGACGUGGAAAAGGUGGCUGCGGUGGCUAAAAGGGAAGCUGGUGUACGUGAAAUGGCGUAUUGUCAAGUUCCUGCGUUUCAACAUGAUCUUGAAAAAAUAGUGGAAGAAAUUAGAAAUGGAGGCUAUCCAUUGACCGCUUUUGCUCCUUUAGCUCAUCCGCCUUUAAAAUCAACUGUGCCUUCUUCACGAGUACCUGUAACAGCUUCCACGGUUGAAGAACCUUCUACAUCUUCGUUGACCAAUACUCAGUCGCAUGCUGCUGAGUCGUCAGAUGCGGCAGCAGCUGCACCGGCUGCAGAGGAAUCUGUGCAACACCGGGAAACGAGGACCAUUCGUCACAUGCGCGUCACAACCGCUAGAAAUGAGCUUACGAUAUGGCUACAACUUGAAGAUAUGAUGAAUCGGCAGUUAACGACUGAGUUUUCAAACGAUGAAGAUCCUCUCGUAAUUACUCAUGAUCUUGUCAAGCAUGGAUUCAUUUGUGAGGCUGAUGAGGAGCGGUUAGGACCGGUGUUGGCGACAGCGCUGAAGGCAGCUGCGGACUUGGCACAGUCGACUGGUGACGACGUCACGACAGGCUCCACUAUGUACGCAGUGACCGAGGAUCCACACGUUGCGGACGCAGUACAGCCAGGUGUCGCCGGCUCGGCUUCGUGUCGCGCUGAUCCGUUGAACGGCCGAGAGGCGGUACUGUCUAAGCUCGCGUUUGCGGAACCCCCGGUGGCCCCGUCGUCGUCGACCGUAUAG